CGAUGACCCUCGUUGACCUUUAACCUCGCAGAGCACGCACGCACAUGUGUUUGCGCUUUUCUGACGAAAUUUUUUCGUAAUUUGGGGACUUUUUAGACUCCAACGAUGGCGAGAGGGAAGAGAAAACGGAGUAAGAGGCCAGUUGCCAAGGCAACAGAAAACGACAGUGAUGCGUCAGAUGCACAGAAUGAUCAGCUGGAACCUGACGACUACCUGAAUGAUGAUGUGGACGACUUCUAUUCGCAAAAGGACAAGGUCCUGUUGGAUGCAGCACGAGAUUUGGAACCAGCAGACAGCAGUGAGGAUGAGGAAGAAGUGAUGGCACUUGAUGUACCUGACUCUGAUGAUGAUGAAGAGGAGGAAGAUGAAGAGGAAGAAGAUGAUGAUGAGAUGGCAGACAGUGACAUGGGGGAACAGGAUGAUGACAUGCCAGAUGAGAAGGCCUGGGGGCAGAAGAAGUCUCUGUACUACAACACAGACUAUGUGGAUGAAGACUUACCAGGAGUAGUAGGUGAUGAGGAAGAGGAGGAAGCUCAGCAGGAAGAGGAGAGAGAAGCUCUGGCCAUCCAGAAACGCAUGGCAGAGGCACUGAGUGAGGAGGACUUCGGGCUGGAGUUGUUCAAGCCAGCUAAGAAGCCGACAAAAGAUGCUGCCCUGCCAGAGGAGGAGGCAGAGGAGAGAGUGUUACAGGACCUGAGUCAGCUGUCUCACAGGGAACGCAUGGACCUGCUAAGGAAGGAGGCACCAGAACUUAAGGAGCUCAUGGACGACUUCAAGGAAAAGCUGCAGGAAGUGAUUGACAGACUCCACCCCCUGCUGAAAAUGGUUCGGUCCGGAGUCAUACCUCCUGGCAAGGGAGCAACCUAUGUGGAGACCAAGUUUCAACUCUACCUCAAUUACUGUGUGAACAUUUCCUUCUACCUGGUACUGAAGGCAGGACACACGCCCAACGUACGCAGUCAUCCUGUCAUUAACAGGCUGGUCCAGUACAGGAAUUUGAUAAAUGAGUUGGCACCAUUAGAUGAGGAGCUGGAGGGAGAAGUGUUAUUCCUUCUGGGGCAGGGGACAGGAGAGGCAGUACCUGGUGUGGUACAGAAGAUCAGGAGGAAACAUACAGGGAAACACAAACCUGCAGACACUCAGGACAACAUGGCCGACCUGGUACAGGAGGACACUCAGGACACACAACAGAAGACAAAACUCAAAAAGAGGAAGAAAGAACACCUAACAGCAGCAGAGAAAGAGGCUAUUGAGUUCUAUGAACAGAUGAAGGCAAAGAGAAGAAAAGCACAGUUAGAAGAGGAAGAGAGUUCUGAAGAAGAGAGAGAAGACACAGUUGCAGAGGAGAAGCCAGCUGGAGACCAUGAAGAGGAGGAGGAAGAAGGGGAGGAUGGGAAAAGAGCCAUCACUUAUGAGAUUUCUAAGAACAAGGGUCUGACCCCCAAGAGGAAGAAAGAGGAGAGGAACCCGCGGGUGAAGCUGAGGAAGAAGUUUCGCAGGGCUAAGAUUCGCAGGAAGGGCCAGGUCCGAGAACACCGUACUGAGCUCCACCGAUAUGACGGCGAGUUUUCAGGCAUCAAGGCUGGAGUGAAGAAGAGCACUCGUCUUAUUACGUGAUCUACGUAAUAAUGUGUUUUUUAAACUAGAAAAGUAACAUUUUCUGCAUUUGGUCUGUUCUGUUAAUUCUUACUCAAUCACAUUCAUACAUCUGGUGACAGGAGUAUAAAUCCCUCCUG